ACUUUUUAUUUUCUGAUACAUAGAAUGGAUUACAUAAGCACUUUGCCACCAGCUGUUUCCGGUAAGAUGUCAGGUAAUAGUGAUGUUGUGCAACGAGUGAGACAGGCCAAUCUUGUGACUCGCUUUAGUCACAUGUUCACAGAGGAACGUAUGGAUGCUAUGGAUAUGUUGCGCAACCAUUGCGAAGAUCAUGAAAUGAACCAGAGAGUAAUAAUGGCAUGCGUCAAGGAGUCAUUUAGAUGUUCAAAGCUGGCAUUUCAGCAAUACCGCAGCAAAAUUCGUUCGACCUUACAAUUGACACAUGAUGGUUUGGAAACCUUGGAAGAAGCUGUCCAGAAUUAUAUCAACCGUAACGGUCAGCUGCUUGAUGUCCAUAGCAUCAUACAGGAUGUACUAAGUGCUCUCAAUCACCACCCCACUAUUGCUUAUCCACCUGUCGUUGACUUCAACAUAUUGAUAACCUUCAUACGAGAACUUGUCAAGACAGCAUGGAACAUGGCAGCUCUUCCAUCACCACUGGAUAUCUCAGUUUGUAGGGAAGCUGAACUUUUUGAUGACUUAAA